CUACGCCUUUCACACUACCUCACGCUUCUCAUCUCCAAAGAUGCACUUCAAACUCCUCCUCGCGACCAUCCUCGGUCUAUCCCUCAACCAAGUCUCAGCCGGCGGAGGCGUCGGCACCUACAAGUGUGGAGACUGCGGAUGCAACGCAGUCGACGAGCACACGUGGUCCGGGACCUCAGAUUGUUACACCGUGGACGGCUCUCAAAUCCGCGCCUUCUGUCUUUCCGGCCCAAAAUCUGGACCCAAGACUACUUGCGCACUGUUCAAUAAUGAGAACUGUGAUGGAUAUGGAGAGAUUCAAUCGAUGGGUCAGGGGUCGGGAUCUUUCGCUUGCACAGCUGUGAGGGAGAAUUUUGGGAGUUUCAGAUGCUACAAUAAUGCCUAAGCUUGAGGAGCAGCUGGCUAGUGUAGGUUCGUGGAGAUAGCUGCUCACUUGGAC